CGGCGAGAAGCUGUACGAGGUGCCGGUGGGCGAACCCCCCUACGGGUUCGAUCCCGAUAAGCGCGCCGCCACGCUCCGAAAGGUCCAGAACGCCCAAACCCGCACCCCAAGGACCGCGGCCGCGUCGUCCGGCAGCCCCCCAACGACCCGGGCCCCCACCGCGUCGUCAUGGCUGCCGAUCCCAACAACCCCGAACGACCGGCCCGCGGCCCCAUCGGUGUCAUCAGCCACCCCCCCGACAACCCGACCGGCUUCGAGCGAGCUCCCCUGGAACCCGGCUCCCACGCCUCCCGCGCCCAGGAUCGGAGGUACUUUGACUACCAGAACACCAACUCGAGCUGGCCACCCCGCGGCCAGUCGUCUGAAACCUUGUCGAGGAUGGAGACGAACUACCAGAGCAGCAAGAGUGGCGGCAAAAAGCGCCGAUAAAUCAAUAAUUGGCCCCGUUAACAUUAUUUUAUGGUUUAACUCCCAUCCUGGGCUGGCUCCUAGAGGACGAAAGGGGGGUUAAAAGGGGGGGAGGUCCUAGUAGUAGUCGUCUGCGGGUAGGUAUGUUUAGAGACUGUGCAUGCUGGUUCAUGCACGUGUCAUGUAUAUACAUACCUACCUGCCUACCCUAGCAAGUUUAAAUAAAUAUCUUGGUUGGGAUUCCCAGCAGCUGGUUUGUUUGGAAGCCAA